AUGUUUAAACUAAAUCCUCAGCUAUACGAAAAGAUCAAGCAUUUUGCAAAGUUUCCUCAAACUGGAGUCUCUUUGAGACAAAUGGUCAUGUUUGGCCAAAAGCCUUCACCAGCUACAUUCUUCAAAGCAAGCCAAUUUUUACAUGAGGAACUACCUAUUCGUUUGGCCCAUCGUGUGAAAGAAUUAGACGAGCUACCUCGAAGUCUAGGCGAUAUGCCAUCCAUCAUCAAAGUGAAGAACUGGUAUGCACAAUCAUUUCAGGAAUUAAUAGAACUACCACCGCCAGAGAUCACCUCAGAAUUGAAAGCCUCCUUUCGAGAUGCAGCCAAAAAUUCCCAAUCGUUACCUCAAAGUUCACCCAACCUCGCUAUUCCACAGUCGAAACCAACCGGAAAAUACUAUCCGACAAUAGGACAUCGAUACUACAACAAUUUUGAAAACAUCAAGUGCACACCUCCUAUACUGUCGUACACGGAUUCAUUCGUGAAAGCCAUCGAGAAUAUUAAACGAAGACACGAUCCAGUAGUGACGACCAUGGCACAGGGUAUCAUGGAAUACAAACAGCAUCGAAAAACGAGUAUGAUCGAUGCAGACGUUCAGCAGUUUCUGGAUCGUUUCUACAUGUCCAGAAUUGGUAUUCGAAUGUUGAUAGGUCAGCAUUCAGCACUGUAUCGCGGCCCAUUUAUGCGAAAUUAUGUAGGUGUCAUAUGCACCAGGACAAACAUUAAAGACAUUGCUCAAGAUGCCAUUGCCAAUGCCCGAUUCAUUUGUGAGGAUCAUUACGGACUGUUUAGAGCCCCGGAGGUAAAGAUGUUUUGUCCUGGCGACAUUGAAUUCAUGUAUGUGCCAUCGCAUUUGAACCAUAUGGUGUUUGAGUUGCUCAAAAACUCGUUGCGUGCUGUGGUUGAGAGAUUUGGUCCUGAUUACGAGGAUGAAUACCCACCUAUCAAGCUAGUUAUUGCACAUGGAAAAGAGGAUAUUACUAUAAAAAUCUCAGAUGAAGGUGGUGGAUUGCCUCGUUCUGGUAUUCCAGUUGUUUGGACAUACAUGUACACAACAGCACAAGCUCAAGAAUUGGAACCAGAGUUUAACAAGUCAGAGUUCAAAGCACCCAUGGCAGGCUUCGGUUAUGGAUUGCCCAUUUCAAGACUGUAUGCGAGAUACUUUGGUGGUGAUUUGAAGUUGAUAUCAAUGGAAGGGUAUGGUACUGAUGCAUAUCUCCAUUUGAACCGCCUUUCAAAUAGUGACGAACCACUCAUCAUGUAA